UCAGUCGGAAGCUCUCCCAUGUGCGCACGACUGCCCCGGAUGCAUUUUGCGUAUGCUCUGUGAUUCAACAACAGAGCGGUCAGACCGGUGUUAGAUCGAUGCCACUACCCGUGCAAGUGUUUAAUUUUCAGGGGCCUGUUGAGCCCAUGCAGAUAGAUGGAGAUCCUCAGGACGACCAACAGAAUGCACCACACCCCAACUAUGUCGUGGAGAAUGCAUCUCUGGAUCUGGAACAGUAUGCCUCGAGCUAUGGGAGCCUGAUGCGCAUCGAGCGGCUGCAGUUUGUGGCAGAGCACUGCCCUCAGAUGCGCAUGGAGGCCCUGAAGUUGGCACUGUCCUUCGUGCAGAGGACCUUCAAUGUGGAUGUCUACGAAGAGCUGCACCGUAAGCUGGUGGAGGCCAUACGUGAGGCCCAGGGCACUGCGGAAGAAGCACCAGAGGGCGGGGAGGACUACCCCACACUGGAUGCGACCUGGGCAGAGUCCACCCGCAAGAAGGCCCUGCUCAAGCUGGAGAAGCUGGACACCGACCUCAAGAACUACAAAGGCAACUCCAUCAAAGAGAGUAUCAGGAGGGGUCAUGAUGACCUGGGUGACCACUACCUGGACUGCGGCGACCUCAGCAACGCCUUGAAGUGCUACUCCCGCGCCCGAGACUACUGCACCAGCGCCAAACAUGUUGUCAACAUGUGUCUGAACGUUAUCAAGGUUAGCGUUUACCUCCAGAACUGGUCACACGUCCUGAGCUACGUCACGAAGGCCGAAUCCACUCCAGAAAUAGCCGAGCAAAGGCAGGAGAGAGAUGGCCAGGCACUCUGCACUAAAUUAAAAUGCGCUGCAGGUCUGGCAGAGCUGGCCUCCCGAAAAUACAAGCAGGCAGCCAAGUGCUUUCUGUCCGCCUCGUUUGAAUAUUGUGACUUUCCCGAGCUUCUUUCCCCUAGUAAUGUAGCCGUAUAUGGUGGCAUGUGUGCCCUGGCCACCUUUGAUCGACGUGAACUACAGAAGAAUGUCAUAUCAAGCAGCUCUUUUAAGUUAUUUUUAGAGUUGGAGCCGCAGGUUCGAGAAAUAAUCUUCACAUUUUAUGAGUCAAAGUAUGCGUCUUGCUUACAAAUGCUUGACACAAUUAGAGAUAAUCUUCUCCUGGAUAUGUACCUGGCGCCUCACGUACCCGCGCUUUAUGCCCAGAUCCGCAGCAGAGCCCUCAUACAGUACUUCAGCCCAUAUGUGUCCGCAGACAUGGGCAAGAUGGCGGUGGCCUUCAACACGAGUCUGCCUGCACUAGAGGACGAGCUGACCCGCCUCAUCCUGGACGGCACCAUCAGUGCCCGCAUCGACUCCCACAGCAAGAUCCUGCAUGCGCGUGAUGUUGACCAGCGCAGCAGCACGUUUGAGCGUUCGCUGCAGACCGGCCGCGAGUUCCAACGGCGCGCCACAGCAACCAUCCUGAGAGCGGCUGUGCUCCGCAACCAGAUCCACGUCAAGUGUCCCCCCAGAGAUGGUGGGCAGGAGCUGGGUGCCGCCAUCAGCCAGACGCGGGUCAGCACCAACGUGUGACGACCCGCCCCGUGAGGAGGGACCCCUCUCUUCAGCCACCUGCCCCUCUCAGCAGCUCCUCUUUUCAGCCAGGGCUGACCUGCUAGCCUCCUCCUCCCCCUCUCCGCCUCC